UUUUUUUAUUAAACUUAACCGAAAAACAGACCUUCCAACUCUCACGAUUUAACACCUUCCCUUUCCAGACAACAAGAUCCGACAAUUUCCUUUGCCCCAAAUCUUUGUCAGAAAAAAAAAAGAAAUAACCUUGGGAAUCUCAUCUUGAAACUAAUCCAAAUCAUGCUAAUUUGAAGCUCGAGAAAUGGCUAGCUGCCCCCAAAAUUCAAUCUUAUACAACGGCAGCCAUUGUGCCUGCCAAGUUGGUCGCUUUCUCAACGUUUCAGCCUACAACUGCAUCACCUAUGACCCAAGUUCAGCUAUCAAAACUGAUUCUGGGGUUGAUUACUAUGCUAUCUCCUUCCCCAAGACCUUUAUUUCGUUUGAUUCGAUUGAGAAUCAAACGAAAUCCCAAGCCGUGUUCUUGGAAGCUACUCUUGUGAUGUUACUUUCUUGGCUCCUUUUUUGCUUCUUCUUGAGGUUUACAAAUCAUGGUGACGGCAGGAAUGUUUGGUUUAAGAUUAGGUGGUGGAUUAGUCGCUUGGAUGUUUGCUUUGCUACAAGACAUUGGCUGUGGGAUUCCUUGCAGAUCUUGGUGAGCUAUAUUGCAAGGAUGGUGACAUUUUUCUCUCUUAGUGCAAAACCUGGUUGUGGCCCUCUCAUGCUUCCAUCGGUCCAUGGUAAUGGACCACUUCGUGGAGGUGGAACAUCGAGGAAGCAAAGGCAGCUAACAAAUACGGGCCUAAUUUUCGCAAGCAUUUCAGCAGUGAAAAGGCCCUCAAAUGCGAUAUAUCUGGAUCUGCUCUGGACAGGACGAAACAUUGCAUCGGUUCAAAUAAUGGAAUUACCGUCCAGCAUCAAGCACUUCCUCUUGGUGACGAUAUCAUUCUCCCACUUCCUGCGCUAGAAUUGAAAUCUGGUUCAGAGAUGGAGUUGUCUGAUAUACAGAAGAAUUUCCAACGUUUAUAUGACUACAAUGCCAUGCUGAGAGAGAAGUUCAUAGCCACCCAGUAUUUGCUUCGAGAUUUGGCUGCAAAGUAAAACAAAUGGUGUCCUAGUUAAUUCCACUCAGAUUUCACAUCCCAUAAUUCUUUAUACAAAAAUGUGUUUUACGGAUGUACCUGCAACUUUAGUUCUUUGUGUUAAUUACAUCUUCGGGUCAACCGACCUUACACCGGACCACCGCCGGAAAACAUUUUUUU